ACAUCCGCGACUAGCUUGUAGCCCGUAGCCCGCUAGCAUCACCUACCGCUAGCCUUGUUUACGUUUCACAUUUCUCACUUACCGCUGUUCUGUUUAAAAAAAAAACAAAAAAACAAACAUGUCUGCUGUCUCUCCGGUUUUGAGUGCAGAUGAGGACUCGCUCGAGCUUCACAUGGUGCGGCUGGAACUGGAGGAUGUGGAGAAGCAGAUCCGCGGCCUACUCGACAAGCAGGCCCAGCUGCUGGAGCGACAAACUGCGCUGGAAACAUCUUGUGCCUCUGCCCACAUAUCCAAGGUAAGCACACAGCGUGGUAUUUCCACUCCCAGCCCCUCUACGCCGUGUGUUUCUCUGUGCGGGGACCGUGCACCUAGGACUUUCCCAGCCGUGGUCUCCGUCACGCCGGCGCCAACACACCUCGGGCCUUGGGUGAACCAGCGGCGGAAGGCGCGGGCUGGACCCUCUCCACCUCCGGUGUUCGAGAUUCCAACCAGGAACCGCUUCGCCCCUCUCCGCCAGACCAGACCCAACGCUGUGAUCGUCGGGGACUCCAUUGUGCGGAACGUCCGUGUAGCCUCAUCUAAAGGUAAGGUGCGCACACACUGUUUUUCUGGUGCUUGUGUCCUUGAUGUCGCUGCGCAGGUAUCCGGGAUCCUGAAGAAGGACGAGCGCAUUGGAGCGGUUGUGCUGCACGCGGGGACGAACGACACCAGGCUGCGGCAGACGGAGGUUCUCAAGAGGGACUUCUCCAGCCUGAUCGAGACGGUACGAGGCAGAUCACCCACCGCGAAGAUCAUCGUCUCUGGACCUCUUCCCACAUACAGACGUGGAGCAGAAAAGUUGUUUCGUCCUGAUGGCCUGCACCCCAGCAGCCUUGGAGCGGAACUGCUAUCAGACAACAUUUCCAAGGCGCUACACUCCAAGUGACUGCCUAGUGUAAGUACAUCUUCCAAUAAUAACAACAUUCAGUAUAAUCAAUGUUCAAUUAAAAAUCCGGCACCGGUAGUACAUACUAUAGAGACUGUGUCUGUUCCCCGAGCUAUACAAAUAUAUAGAAAAUCUCGGAAAGUCUAUCUUCGUAACCUAAUUAACAUAAAAUUAAAUCAUAUUGAAUGCACAGCCAGCACUUUUGAUCUGAAGCUAGGACUAUUAAACAUUAGAUCUCUUGCGUCUAAGGCUCUUAUUGUUAACGACAUCAUUACUGAUCAGGAAUGUAAUUUAAUGUGUUUAACAGAAACUUGGAUUAAACCAAACGAGUACAUAGCAUUAAAUGAAGCCAGUCCUCCUGGAUACAGUUAUGUACAUCAGCCUCGUUCAACUGGUAGAGGAGGAGGUGUUGGUCUCAUCCAUAGUA